AUGGACUCUACAACUGAAUCCCCAAUCACGGUCAUCGUGAACAGCAUCAAAGGGCAUGACAUCGCCUUCACAUCGCCAAAAGACGCGUCACUCACAUCCAUAUACGACACGCUAUACGAACGCGCGCCGUGGGUGCAGAACUCAUCCUACAUCCUCACCACAAACUCGCGCCGCGCUGUGAGCCAUGACGAGUCUCCAGUGUCGUCACUGCUCUCUUCGCCAUCCGACACAUUUCUCUCGCUCCGCCUAACAGUACCACUAUGCGGUGGAAAAGGUGGUUUCGGAUCGAUUCUGCGUGCCCAGGGUGGUCGCAUGUCGUCGCGCAAGAAGCAAGGUGGUGAUGCAAACGCAUCAUCCAGAAAUUUAGAUGGACGACGGCUGCGCACUGUCGCCGAGGCUAAAGUUCUUGCCGAGUACCUUGCUAUCAAGCCAGAAAUGGAGCAAAGAGAGAAAGAGGAGCGACGGAAGCGGUGGGAAGACAUUGUGGCUAGCACCGAGCGGAAGCAGGACGAACUCAUGAACAGCCGCGGUACUGCCCGUCUGGAUGGCAAAUGGGUGGAGGAUAAGGAGGAGGCAGAGAACAAGACACGAGAAGCCAUCGAGAAGAUGCUGCUUGCGCAAAGGGAAAGCUCCGAGGAAGAGGACGAUACUAAGGCCGCAGCAUCGUCCUCGAAGCCUGUACAGCAGCGCCAGAUGUUUGGAUGGGAUGAUGAGGACGAUGAGUUCAUGAGCGACAGCGAGGAAGAAGAAGAUGUUUCAGAGGACGAUGCGAAGCCGCAGGUAUUCGAGGGAAAGGGCAAGGGAAAAGCCACCGCAUGA